GUGGACCCGGCUCGCCUGGGGUAGCGGGGUAGCCGCGCGUGCCAGUCCGGUGGAAAAGAGUGCCCAGGGGGCUAGCUGGGUCCCCAGCCAGAUCCGACGUCGACCCGGGAGUGGUGCGCUGCAUCUCAACGGGAUGUGCAGAUGGAGGCCGGAGGAGACACUGCUGCCCCAGCCCCCGGGGACGCAGAGGACUUGGAGGACACGCGGUUCCCCAGUGAGGAGGCUGCAGACGGUGGAGGGGUUCAUGAGGACCCGACAGAUUUCGGAGACCGGGACCAGGAGGAAACAGGAUCUGAGACCAAGGACCAGCCACCCACCCUGCUGUCACCUCUGCCCCAGUCAGAGUCCCCAUCAUGUACGUGUGGGCUCUGGGAUCCUGCCUCUGAGAAUAAUCCCAUGGGUGACCCUGAGAGUGGCUCUGGGGUCCAGGGCGGAGACCCCAGUGAUGAGGACUGGCGCAGCAAGCGGAAGCAUGUGUUUGUGCUGAGUGAGGCAGGCAAGCCCAUCUACUCAAGGUACGGUAGUGUGGAGGCGUUGUCGACUACCAUGGGUGUGAUGACAGCCCUCGUGUCCUUCGUGCAGAGUGCAGGGGAUGCCAUCCGUGCCAUCUAUGCUGAGGACCACAAGCUGGUGUUCCUACAGCAGGGCCCACUGCUGCUGGUGGCUGUGUCAAGGACUCCUCAGUCAGCAGCCCAGCUGCGGGGGGAGCUGCUAGCUGUGCACGCACAGAUCGUGAGCACACUGACGCGCGCUAGCGUGGCCCGCAUCUUCGCCCGUAAGCAGAACUACGACCUCCGCCGCCUGCUGGCUGGCUCGGAGCGCACACUCGACCGGCUUCUGGACAGUGUGGAGCGGGACCCAGGGGCCCUGCUCCUGGGUGCUGUGCGCUGUGUGCCCCUCGCUCGCCCACUGCGGGAAGCACUGGGGGCACUGCUCCGACGUUGCACAGCACCUGGCCUGGCACUGUCCGUGCUGGCGGUGGGUGGUCAACUGGUGACGGCAGCCCAGGAGCGGACUGUGCUGGCUGAGUGCCGGCUGGACCCAGCCGACCUGCAGUUGCUGCUCAACUGGGUCGGUGCACCCGCCUUUGCAGCAGGGGAGGCAUGGGCACCUGUGUGCCUGCCCCGCUUCAACCCAGAUGGUUUCUUCUACGCCUAUGUGGCCCGCCUGGACGCCAUGCCUGUCUGCCUGCUGCUGCUUGGCACCGACCCUGAGGCCUUCCAUGACAUGGCCACCUGCCGGCGCCUGGUGGAAGAUGGCAUGCACACCCUUGGUGUCAUGCGUACCCUUGGGGAGGCUGCCAGCUUCUCUAAUGCCCCAUCAGCCAGUGCCCCUUCCUAUAGUGUGCAGGCUGUGGGGGCACCUGGCCUCCGGCACUUCCUCUAUAAACCACUGGACAUUCCAGACCAGCACCGCCAGCUGCCUCAGUUUACCAGCCCUGAGCUUGAGGCUCCGUACAGCAGUGAGGACGAACGGCAGCGCCUGUCGGACCUAUACCACCGCCUGCAUGCGCGCCUCCAUAGUACCUCCCGGCCUCUGCGCCUCAUUUACCACGUGGCUGAGAAGGAGACGCUGCUGGCCUGGGUGACUUCCAAAUUUGAGCUCUAUACCUGCCUCAGCCCCCUGGUGACCAAGGCAGGUGCCAUCUUGGUAGUGACCAAACUCCUGCGCUGGGUGAAGAAAGAGGAGGAUCGGCUCUUCAUUCGUUACCCACCCAAGUACUCCACACCCCCAGCACCCUCAUCUGCCUCUACGGACCAAGCAUCCCAUAAUGGCCUAUUCACUGGACCUUGAGACACAGAACUCCUGGAUUGGGCAGUACUGGGAACGGCAAACUUUGGCUUUUACCUUCUGUCUCCACCCUAGAAAUGGGGCAGGUGGGAGAGAAAGGUGGGGUGGUUGAUAGUGUCUGUGGCUGGUUUCUCUCCCUGGGCAAUGGGGCAAGAUCUGAGGGCUUGCUUGCCCAUGAAUGAGAGAUGGGGGGCAGCAUGAUUGCACACAGGUGAGCUGACUACUUCCCCAGCCCCUCAUGCAUUUCCACCUCUGGAGAAAUCCUUAGGCCUCUUCCCUUCCCUCUGUCUCACUUCCUCCACUUGGAUGAUUUUCCAGCCUCUGUCAGGGGCUUUCUCCUGCAAUCCUGGGCAACACACCCUCCAUCCUCCAUCUGGAGUCGGCUUCCUCAGUGGGCUCUUAGCCUCGAGUCUCCAGGGCUGGCCAGUCUGUUUUGGUGGUCCAUGGGGGGAUUCUGGAAUUGGGAAUGCAGGGCCAGCCUGUGCUGGAACUGGCCUGAGGAUACUUAAAAAAAAAAAAAAAAAGAAGGAAAAGGUCUAAACUAUUCCCCACAAGGACAUUCCUUUGCCCUUCAUGUACUUCAUCUUUACCCCGUCAAAAAUGACCCAUCAAUGUUGGCUGCUGCUAAUGUUAAUGAGAAAGGCGGCCCCCACGGUGUACCUGUCUGUGUAACCCAGGGCAAAGCCCCUGUCUGCACGUGGUAGCUGAGUUCCAGAGUUGAUACAAAGGAGGUGCACUUAGCUUCCAAGGCUUGUUCUGCUCAUUCAUGAAAUGGAGAUAACUAACUUCUCACUGGUUGUUAAGUGAGGAUUUGUGAACGAUAAGGGACUCAAACUCUUGUGUAACACAGCAUAACACAUGCACAUUUGUCCCAGGCUCAUAACCUGCACUACACAAGCAGCAACCUGGAGAGGGAGAGACCUCCCUAGAGUUGGUAAAAGUACUCACAACACUCAUUCCCCAACCCACUAAGACCAUAGUUCUGCCCUUGUUUUCUCUAAACUGGAGUUCCAGGCACAAGUCGUAACUGAGUGCUAGGCUGGCCGAAACCCCAUUGCUGUCAUUCUGGUCAGUUGAGCAGGCACGCCCUGUGCGCAUGCGCACUGCAGAGUCCUGCUCUCGCCUGGUUUUUUUUCCCCAACCGGUUGUCAAAAACGCAUGCGCCAAAUUUCUGCGUUGGAAAAUGGCGGCGAAGGGGGAGCCGCUGGAAGUCUUGGAGGAGGCUGAGGAGGGUGAAGGUAAUCAGGGUGAGCUGGCCUCUGUCCCAUUCUGAUAAAGAUAUCGAUAGCAGUACUUCAACAGCAAAAAAAUUAAGCCUUUGAUAAAGUACUCUUUAGUAAUGGGAAGGUGAAUAACAUGCAUAUUCUCACCUAGAUUCACUCUUGUCAGCUUUAUUGGACAUACUGCCUAGUAUUUUAAAGUAAACAAUGCUUCAGUAUACAUCUUGUCAACGAAUGGAGGUGGACCUCACAAAAAACACUCUGCUACUGCCACGUCUGAGAAAAUGAACAAUAAUUCCCCAAUAUCGUGACACCCAGCACAGUCACACUGGCCUCUAAUUGGCGACGGCCACGCCCACAGACAGCUCUUCUCCGGGCUUGUGAUACUGACACCCACACCCCAGUGAGAGGGGCGAAGCUGCCUACAGACAAGUGGGAAAUGCAGUCUAGACAAGCAAACCUCCCGACAGUGAUCCGCUACAGUGCCACUAGCAUUUUUUUUAACAAGGAAUUUUCAAAACGUACCAAAAGAGAAAAUAGCAUGGUGAAUGCUCAUGUACCCAUCACUGUUCAACAGCUGUCAAGGUUUCGCCCUUUCAUCUAUACCCCCUUUCUGCAGUCUUCAGACCGCUAUAUUAAUAAACAUGAUUGCAUUUUAUCCGGACCUAUCUAUGCAGACAUCAAUAAUAGUGAUUAUUGUUUAUUGUCCUGGGAUGUGAGCUCCAUGAGAACCAUUUAUUGCUGUUCCCCCAGUGCCCAAACUGCCUGCUUGGCAUAUAGUAGGUGCUCAAUAAUUUUGUUUAUUAUAUGAAUAAUGAAAUAACUAACAUGGGGAGCUCUCUUAGAUUAGGGCCACACACUGAAUGCCAGCUUUCAACAAAGGUCGGACAAAGAUGACACAUGCAAAUAGAUCUCAUUUAUUAAGCACUUACUAUAUCUGCCAGAGUGCUAAAAACCUUUUAGUAUCAAUCUUUCAAAUUUGUCAAAAUUGAAGUUAUUAACUUGAUCAGCAAGGGAGAAAUUUUAAAAGCAUAUUAAGUUACCAUUCCUAACCACUAAAUUGGCUUUAUAAAGGGAGGGAUAAUGUCUAAUAUUGAUUACUCUGAGGGAAAAGGUCAUCACUUGUCUCACUUGAAGAGCUGACUAGUAAAGGCUUUGCUAGAGGCAGUUGACAGAACAUUUUUAGCAUCCUAAAGUGCUAUUUCAUAUCUUCAGUCACUGCUUAGUAAUCAGGAGAAUUCAGAGAUGUGCGGACCAGAAGUCAUCAGAAUGUUAUUGAUGGAAGCAAAACACAAGGAGCAAUUAUGGAAGUGGCUAAACGGGUAUAAUGCAUAUUGUGCAAUGCCUCUGUGGUGGACCUUAAUUUUUUAAGCUUCAGGAAAAAAUAAUUAAAUUCCAAUUUAAUUUAAAGUAGUUAAAAAAUAAUUUUAAAAGGAUAAGGUCAUGAUUUAUUGACACAGAAUGAACUCCAAAAAGAUAUUUUUAUGAGGAAAAAAGCAAGUUUGAAUUUUGAAAAUAAAGUAAGGGCAAUGUCAACUGUAGCCCUUCGUGGAUUGCACACAAAAAAAUCUGAAGGUGAAAGGCUCAACUGGUGACUCUUAACAAGGGACUUGGGUCUUGGGGACUGUGCAAGUGGGUGCAUUUUUGUUUGUUUUAUUUUUCUUUUAGGAAAAUGUAAGUAGUACUAUAUAAUUUUAAAGUAUGAGAAAAAAUUUGAAUGGCAUCCGGGGGUCAUAUAUUAAUAUUGAUUAAUAUUAACAUCUUUGUUUGGGUGGUUAUACUGUAUACCUGGUAGGUUCCCCUUGUAUAGAGGAAAUGUACACUAGACAUUAAGGAAUAAUGGGCCAUGAUGCCUGCAAUUUAUGGUACAGAAAUGCUCGUGAAUGGGAAAUCUGAUACAAGGGCAAAUAGGAGCAUUGUAGUCAAUUUCUACAACUUUUAUGUACAUCUGAAGUCAUUUCAAAAUAAAAUGUU